UUGUUUCUCUCUCUGUCUCUCUCUCUCCUCUCUCUCUCUGCUCAUCCUCUCAUUUCAUCCUCUUGCUGUCCCUUUGCUCUUUCUCUCUCUUCAGCCAGCUGUCCAUCACUUGUCAAUAAUCACAGGCUUUUUUUUUUUAUUUCUCCAGAUUACUCUCUAUUUUCCUUUCUUUCUGUCUAAUUUUUUUAUUCAUUACUGGUUUCCAAUCGUCUCUCUCUUCUCUUCCCUUUCCUGGACGCCGCGGGGCGAGAUAUGUAUCGGGCGCCAUGGGUUUCAUGGAGUUCUACCUGGAGAUCGACCCGGUCACCUUGAACCUGAUCAUCCUGGUGGCCAGCUAUGUGAUCUUGCUCCUGGUCUUCCUCAUAUCCUGCAUCCUGUACGAUUGCCGCGGCAAAGACCCGACCAAAGAGUACGCACCGGACAACGCGCCGCAGCCGGCCAGCCAGUCGCCCAUUCGCCUGGUGGUCAUGCAGAACUCGCCGGCCUCGGCCCGCUACGAACCCAACAACACCACCGCGGGACACGGUGAGAACCCCACGCCAGACCUGAGCCGAGACCGGGGAGAGAGGGAACGAGAAAGAGAAAGAGAAAGAGAAAGAAGAAAAGAGAAAGAGAAAGAGAAAGAGAAAGAGAGAAGAGGAGUACUCUGGUUUGAGGAAGAACUGGAAGAGAAGGAUGUGGAGAAUCAAGUGCUGUUGUAUCGAUCUGUACUGUGUUUCUGUAAGUCCUGGACUGUUCGUAUUUUUGACUUUUUAAGAUUAUUCUUUGGGCUUUUCCGCCUUUAUUUUGACAGGACAGCUAGGUGAGAAAAGGGAGAGAUAGGGGGUCACACUUCGGAUUCAAACCCUGGACCUCUGCGUUUAGGCAUAAGCCUCAACAGUAUAUGUGCACCUGCUCUACCCACUGAGCCAACCGGCCACUAUUUUUGACUUUUUAACAUCUGGAUGGCGUUGAAAAGCUGCCGAGUGGCAGAAAAUGACGAGUACCUUUUUUCGUUAUAAGUUUACGGACAUUCAUGUUGACCCAAAAAAUGGAAGCUUCUGUAAAUUGACAGUAUAUCCUACGUACCUUUUAACGGACAUUUCUGUUAAAACAAAACAAAAUGUGGAAUGAAGAAUGAAGAUGAAAGAUGGGGAGAAUCAAGUGCUGUUGCAUCACUCUGUACUGUGUUUCUAUAGUCCUGGACACUUUGUAUUUUUGACUUUUUAAGAUUAUUUUUUGGGCUUUUCCGCUUUUAUUUUGACAGGACAGCUAGGUGAGAAAGGGGAGAGAUAGAGGGGGGAAGACAUCGGCCACUAUUUUGACUUUUAAACAUCUGUUUACAGUUGUCAGUUUACAGACAUUCAUGUUGACCCAAAAUUUAUAGUAUAUCCUACGUACCUUUAAACGGACAUUUCUGUUGAAGGCUAAGGCUGAAGUGUAUCGCUGAGUCUUUGUAUUUUUGACUUCUUAAGUUUAUUUUUUGGGCUUUUCCGCCUUUAUUUUGACAGGACAGCUAGGUGAGAAAGGGGAGAGACAGGGGGCGAAGAACUGCAGGAAAUUGUCACACUUCGGAUUCAAUCCCUGGUCCUCUGCGUCGAGGCAUAAGCUAUCAGUAUAUGUGCGCCUGCUCUACCCACUGAGCCAACCCAUCCACUAUUUUUAACUUUUUAACAUCUGGAUGGCGUUGAAAAGCUGCUGAUUGGAUCAGCAGGAGGUAAGCAGCCACACCGUAAGAAAUGUCCUGGCAGAAAAUGACCAGUACCUUUUCCGCUAUAAAUUUAUGGACAUUCAUGUUGACCCAAAAACGGAAAACUCUGUAAAUUUCCAGUAUAUCCUACGUACCUUUUAACGGACAUUUCUGGAAUGAAGAAUGAAGACUAAGGAUGGGGAGAAUUAAGUGCUGUUGUAUCGCUCUGUACUGUGUUUAUAUAGUCCGGGACUCUUAAGCCUCUCAGUAUAUGUGCGCCUACUCUACCCACUGAUCCAACCCGGCCACUAUUUUUUACUUUUUAACAUCUGGAAGGCGUUGAAAAGAUGCCGAUUGGGUCAGCAGAAGUGACUCGGCCACACCUGCUGAAAGAACAACAACUCCCAGAAGCCAUUUAAAUCCGGAGGGACUCAAUCACAUCAACAAGUCAGACUCCAACCAGUUAGCGGAUGCUUGGACACUGGAGACAUUUGGACUUUGGCUCUGUCUCAUCAGGACUUGCUUAAACUAACUGCAGCGUUGCAAGCUGGUGUCCUGUCUGCUGGACUGGGAUGGAAGUGAAUCCGAUGAUGAAUACUACAUACAGCAGUAACAUUACUUGAUCUAAGAAAUAAGGAUGUUUUGGUCAGUAACCACAUCUGGCACCAUCAUGGACAUCUGCUAGGAAAAUGACAUGAUAAAUGACAAAUAAUGUAAAAAAAAAAAAUCGACAACAUAAAACUGCACCUGAUGAAGGCAAGCCGUUCUCACUCCAAACUCGUAAAAUACUGACGUUUAGGCAGUGGCUGUCAGCGUCCGAUACGACGCAAAAAAGCACCCUUCAGCGUGUGUGUAGAACGCACCAGGGAGAGCAGUAGCUGCAUUGCUUUUGAAGAUGACAUAGUAUUAAGAGAGACUAUGGUAGCGAGCAGUAUGAAAGCCCAAAAACCGCAUAAGGAGGUUGGUUGGGGUGGAGGAUGGGUCAAACAACAACAGGACUUUCACCCGGGAGACCGGUGAUCGUGUCCUGCAUGUCACGUUUCCUAAACCCAACCGUCCCGUUGUUCUUAACCAUCCCGUCCUUCUUUUCCUAAAUCCAACAGUCGCCCCGCAUGUCACAGAAACGUAAGCCCACCCACGACCUUGUCUUUAACCUAACCGCGUCAAAAGUGACGCCAAUAGUCCCGACCAAAAGCACGUUUAGAUAUGACGCUAAAGGACACUUUUACCGUCAAUAACAACGCUAAAGGCACCUGACCAAGCGUCCGUAUUUUACGCGAUGGGAGUGAGAACAUGUUGGGAAAAGGCUAUUCAUUUCUGCCCUAAGCACUCCAUAGUUUGUAUGUUCAAAGGUAUUUCCAUGACUUCACGAAAACUGUCUUCCUGCAAAACCAAUGUUUAAAACAAAACCAGCUUUUUUGAAAUUCUUUUCAUUGCAAUAUAUGCCUGUUUAGUCCGCUGUGCUGGCUGUGGCAGGCCGGGGCAAUGGGCUAAAAUAAUGGGUUUUAACUUUAAGAAGACUUUUAUGAGAAGACCUGAACUGGCAGUUGUUUUAUUUGCCUGCUAAAGCUAGCUUUACCAAGUUAGCUGAUGGUAUCUAUCAAAACAAGCAGGUAGCUCAGAUGUAAGAUGACCAGCUCUACAUCCAAAACAUAUAGAAAUGAACAACAUACAUUUUAAGAUUAUAUUGCUUUUCUGGCUGUGGGACCAUAGAGCUGUGGGACCAUAGGGUUGUGGGACCAUUGGGCUGUGGGACCAUAGAGCUGU